AUGCUUUUACAAUGGCUGCGAUCAGAGAACCGGAUCUUAGAUGCACUCCAUUCCACAUCAACCACCUCACACAAAGCAAACCAUUUAGUGUUUCCAAUUACACAGCUUCGGCUAUCUCAACAGCCUUACAUAUAUAUACACACACCUACUUGUCAACCUACGACAACACCAACCACAACAACCUUCACAAUGGUCAACCAACCCGCCAAGGUUCCCGUCACCAACCCGGCUCUUGCCAGGUUUCUGCCUGCUGCCAUCACAAUCGGCAUCGUUUCUGCUGUUGCCAUGAACGUUCGCUGGCAACUCAAGACCGAGGCCCAGACCAUGGACCGCUUCUUCUCCAAGUACAAGAACCCCAAGAGCGAAGCCAUCCGCCAACAGGUCUUUGACGGCGCCAUCGAAGACCCCCGCAAGAGCUGGUACAACAUUCUGGGCUGGUGA